AUGGAAGUUAGGUCAAAAAUAAGACCAAAGUUCACUUUUUAAGGACGGCCACAGGUAUUAAAGGCAGAGGGAAGCAUUCGGUUUUUUAAAAACAGUCUGACACGACACCAAGAUGCUCAAACUUCUGCUCUUAGCAAUUCUUUCAGCCUUUGCUCUGGCUGAACUUAAGAAAACCAGUUGGAGUUUGAAGGCUGAGGUCGCUACCCCUAACUCUUGGCCUUGGCAGGUCUCUCUUCAGUACAAACAUCUACUUGCGAGUUCCUAUAUUCGCUUCUACCACUACUGUGGAGGGAGCCUCAUUCAGCGACGUUGGGUCAUCUCUUCUGCUAGAUGUAUUAAGAGUGUGUCCUUCGUGAAGUGGCGCGCUGUUCUUGGCGAACAUGACCUAGGUGUCAGCAGUGACACGGAACAAAUCAUCCCUGUUUUCUCUAUUUACAUUCACCCUGAAUGGUCUUCUCUGGUUUCUAAAGGAAAUGAUAUUGCCUUGGUGAAACUAUCAUCUGAGGUCACCCUAAACUCUUACGUUCAGCUUGCUUCUCUCCCCUCCCCCGGCCAAAUUCUGCCUCACAACAACCCAUGCUAUAUGACCGGAUGGGGACGAACGUACGUUGAAAAAGGUGAGCUUCUGCCGCUUAAGCAGGCCUUCACUCCAGUGGUGGACUACCAAACCUGCUCCAGCAGGGACUCAUGGUGGGGCGUCAUAAAACCCAUUAUGAUCUGUGCUGGAAGGAGUGAAAUUACCUGCAAUGCAGGGAUUUAUGAAAGAAGAGGUUUUCUUGGUGGCCCUUUGAGUUGUCAGGUUGAUGGCAAGUAUUAUGUUCAUGGUAGUCUGAGUGUUUCAUCUGGAUCUGGAUGUGCUAGCAGGGAAAAGCCUCCUAUCUUCACUCGUUUGUCUCACUAUAUGGACUGGAUAAAUUCGACUAUGUCUUAGAUGUUGCAGCAUACAAGACAGAAACCAUUUGUGAUCAAUAAUAUGUUUCCACUGGAAUCUGCUCAUCUACCCAGUCUUAUUGUAAACAAAUAAACUUGAUAAAACACUG